AUGUACCAAUAUUCAGUUAAUAACCGGUCGGCAUUCUGGGAAUUCUGCUGGAAAUACUUCAACUUAAUCCACGAAGGCUCCUACACAAAGGUAGUCGAUGAAUCUGCCCGAAUGGACAGUGUACCCGAAUGGUUCGCCGGUGUACGCCUUAAUUUCGCGGAGAAUCUGCUCUUCUCGAGCUUUGCCGGCGACAAGACUGGCAAGGAAGAUGACAAGAUUGCCGUCAGCGAAGUCCGAGAAGGUGCCGCACAUGAGGUUGUUCAUCUCACUUGGGCCGAGCUCCGACAGCGGACUGGAGCGCUUGUCCAGGCUAUGAAGGCUCAUGGGGUUGUUCGGGGCGAUCGCAUUGCUCUCUGCGCGGCAAACAGCAUUGACACACUACUUGUGUUUCUAGCAUCAACAGCGCUGGGUGCCAUCUUCUCGUCCAGUUCCACGGAUAUGGGUGUGAAGGGUGUCCUGGAUAGGCUGCAGCAGAUUAAGCCUCGCUGGUUGUUUAUGGACGACUUGGCGGUUUAUAACGGCAAGACUAUUGACCUGCGAUCAAAGAUUCGGGAUAUUGUCCAAGGCAUGGGGUCUGUUCCGGAAUUCGAGGGAGUCAUCUCACUACCCCGGUUCUCUUCGCGGCCGGCGGAUAUGACUUCCAUCCCUAGGACCAAGACUCUGGCGGAGUAUCUUGCAAAGGCGGGAGGAAAUGCGAAACUUGAAUUCGAAAGAGUCAAUUUCCGUGAUCCUUUCUUGGUGGUUUACUCGUCUGGCACGACAGGACAGCCGAAGUGUAUCGUUCAUUCCGUGGGCGGCGUGCUUCUGAACUCGAGUAAGGAAGGACGUUUGCAUAGCAGCCUCGGGCCUGACUGUGUCGCUUUGCAAUACACGACCACUGGAUGGAUUAUGUAUAUGUGUGCCGUACAGACAUUGCUUUUUGGCGCACGGGUGGUGUUAUACGAUGGCAGCCCAUUCAUUCCAGGUAUCACUGCUUUGGUGAAUCUCGCAGCGCAAGAGAAGUGA